GUAUUUUAUUAUGAUAUUUAAUUGAAUAUAUUUUUUUAGUCGCUUUUAGGAAACUUAGAUGUUACUUGUGUCAUCUGGAAGGGUAAAAGACUUAGCGGUUUAUUAUACUCUACGGUUAAGGAGUUUGUCUAUAUGAGUUACGGGUCACUCAAAGGAUAAUGUGAGUGUCAGGAGUUACUGGUAUGUAGUCGUGUACUGUAGUCAUAUAAACAAAGCCAUUUUGUUCACUGGUUCGGUAAGGAGUGUGAGUUGUAACGAGUCAUAGUUCAGUGUGGUGGAGUCGGCAGUACCAGACUCUAAGCGACCGUGGUUGAGGGAGGUAAUAGCUAUUCUCAGUCUUGUACACUUGUCAAUCACGCCCCUGCCCUGCCCUGCCCUGCCUGGUACCCCUCCUUUCCCACUACAGGUAUGUACAUAAACACUUGCUGACGUACCACUCAAGACUGAACACUUCUAUAGAAUUUAGUAUAGUACUGUGUUUUGUUAUGUUAUGUUAUGUUGUGUUAUGUUAUGUUAUGUUAUGUUAUGUUAUGUGUAUAUAAGACGACUCACUGGGUUUAAUGCUCAUUAUAGGGUUAACUUGGAUUGGGUUAGAUGAAGCCACACAUCCAUAUUUUGUUGUUUCAAUUUUUGUUAAUGUUUUCAGCGUUUUAUUUGUUAAUUAUAUACUAAAUUCUUAUUGUAGUAAAUCAGUUUCAUAAAGAUCGAGUUACUUAACCACCACAAAUAGUCAUUUACGUUAUUUAUCCUUUAAUAUAGAAGUUCACUCAUACUAACCUAACCUAACCUAACCUAACCUAACCUAACCUACCCUUAUCAAUCCAUCUAAACCGUGACCGUGUGUUUAUGUGUUGGUCUGUGAUGGUGUACCGUGCUGGAGGUGGCCCUGAGGCUGUCUUGGCGGCCUUGUUUUCUGUUUCUGACUCCUGGUGUACUGCGUCCCAUUAAUUCAUUGUUGCAGAAGAUAACACGUGAUGGAGUUCAGCAGCUGAGAGUGUUGGGCAGACGAUACACGUCACCUACAGGAGCAACAUUGAGCUCUUCUCAGUGAUUACACACACGGCAGAGUCCGUCUCGUUUUAUCAUCGUAGAAGAACUCGUAACUCACCAAUGGACCACAACCGAGGGAUGUCAUCUGUUCUGAGAUGCAACAACAGCUAUAUACCCACUUGGGAUGAGUAUCAGAUAGGUGAGUCAGCCCUGGGGUCGUAUGGGUCGACGCUCCUCAUCGUCGGGGGACUCAUCACUACUGGGCUCUUCAUCCUCUUCUUUGAGCAGGUCUUCUUCACGCACCAGAACGCCCACAACGUCUUCCGCCGCCACAUCUACUGGAUAUCUUCCGUCUACCCGUUGAUGACAGUGAUGAGUCUGAUUGCCGUACUCGCGCCCAGAUCCCACGCCAUCUGUACUGCCAUUAAGGUCACGUACAUGUCCAUAGGUAUCAGUCACUUCACGGACUUGACGGUGUUAAUGUUCGGUAGUGAAGAGGUGAUGUUGGCCAAGACUAUGGGCAACAGACUUAAUCUUCAGGUCCCUCCCUCCUGCUGCUGCUGCGCCUGUCUCCCCCGCCCACCAGUCACCAAGUCGUCCUUGAGGUUGGUGAUGCUGUUAUCUGACCAAAUGCCCUUCACCCAGGCUGCCUAUUACCUCAUCCUCGUCAUUCUUCUCUCAGCUAACAACAUCUCACUCGGAAACAUGAACCCGGCAGGAGUCGUCUUGUGGCUUUACCUGUUCAACGUGGCAUCCUUUUCAUUUGGCCUCUACUCCCUCCAGAUCCUCACUGCUUUCUCCAAAGGUCACCUAGAACACUACAACUACAAGAAAAAGUGCUUCGCCAUGAAGACUCUGGUACUAGUGACAAACGCUCAGACCCUCAUCCUCGAAAUUCUGGGUUACUAUGACGUCUUCCCUUGUAUCCCUCCAUACCUCUCCCCACAAGUCUACAGGCAGACUGUGGAGAACUCGAUCUACCUGGUGGAGAUGAUGUUACUGGGAAGCUUCACCUUCUGGCACUACCAUAACUUCAUGUUCCUUAACGCUAAUCCCGUCGAGGUCCCCCACCACGGAGAUCAUCUAAGUAUCACCGACGGCUCAGGCGACAGCACGAACAGCCAGAAACGAGAUGACAACGCCAGCACGAGUACGACAAGCACCAUCGUGAGCUGUGAAUCCAGUAAUAGCAUCCUCUAUGAUAAAAACAACAGCUUCGGGGUUCUCCAUAGUAAUAAUAGUAAUAGUAGCGACGUUGGUGAUAUAAAAGGGCAAACCAACAGCGUCGAUAAUGGCAAGAGGGUCAGCAAAAACAGCAGUAGUGGUAAUAUCAAUUCGAAUGUCCAAAAUAACAGUCGACAUGGAAAACAGGAGACAUCUACGGCCCAGGGAGAUGUGUCACACAAGAACAAAUAUCACCAGAGUCGUCAAGAUGUAAGGUUAGUUAAAGUUCAAGUUGUCCGCCAGCUGUCCACUGAAGAGGCGAGAGAGUUGGAGGUUCAAGGAGAUGGUCACCAUAACUUACAGCACUUCAAAGACUCAAUGAUCCAGGACAAUGUGCCAAGUACUUGUUUAAUCAUUCACCACCCGGUCAUAGAACAGCAAGGAGAUGUACCAGAAAUUAUCGUUCAUGAGCAAGGCACCCGACGACUGACCACCAAACAGAACAAUCAGAAGAGACGAGCUUCAUUUUAAUUUUUGUUGUAUUGUUUUAGUGUGUCCUGAGUGUGAAAUGGACAAACUGUUAAUUCCACAAAUACUGUAGCUGAUGUAUGAAUUCACUACAGUACAGUACACUAUAGAAGUACAGUUAUUAAGUCGAGAAAGCUUUCAACAGUUAAAGAGAAAUACUUAACACAAAUGACAAUAGAAGUGGAAGGAAUUCUUAGUUUUAAGUUUAUCUUAGUGAAAGUAGUUUGGAAAAGGACGGGAAUGUUUCAUAGACCUUGAACCUGGAGCUACAUUCUCAGCUCAAACCCACAGCAGCACUCUGCCUGGUCUUCUGUCUCUGAGGUGUGGUACUUCACUCAAUCAAGGAGGCACUUUCAUGCCUGAGGGUUGGCGACCAUAGCCCACCACCCCAAACGUUUCUGGGCCGCUUUACCAAUCCGCCCAGGUUUUGUAUCUCCCCAGACACCCAGAUUCUGUCUCUCUCUGACUCUCGUACCCUCCAUUAUCACAAAUAUAAUGGCUAAUGGCUCCUCUAAUAACUAUCUAAAAAAUUCCAAAAUUUAUCUUUAUUUUCCUAUCCAGUUUUAGUAUGGCUUCACUUGUUUUAUGAUCAAUAUAACUUAUCUUUAACAUCUUCGACGACCUCUUGCCUGCUUCAGGAGUCUGCUGAAGGUAGUCACGCUCCUGACAUACUAUUUUUUAAACUUUUUCUGGUACAAGAAUUUCAGUAUUGUCUCUUUUAAACAGUCUAAGAUUAUUAAACGCUGCCUUUGUUUUACAUAGUCUAAUAUAGUUUAUUUAUUACGUUGUUUUGGUUGUGAUCUGAGAUGGUAGUGCUGCCUGGUGGUCAUCUUCGAAAGCAUUGAUUGAAAAAAAAAAGUUUCUUUUGUCAUUUGUUAACGAUAUAGGACGAUAUUUGGUUGUGUUUUAUCUCAUUGUGUGUUUUAUUUUUGUUUUAUACCGUUAAUAAACUAAGAUAAACAAAAGAACAAAAUUAUCAGUUUCUUACAAGUUGACGAACAGUUUGAGACACUGAUGAGGACAGAGUUUGGAAGAGUUGUUUCAGAUGUUCAUGACCAGCAGUGAUGUGUGUUCCUUACAAUUAACUCAUUCAUAUGGGAUAAUAGUCUUUAUAAUUAAGAGAUUAACAGUUUCUCAUGUGUAUAGAUUAAUUUAUGUGGAAAAAUAAAAAGUAAUUACAUGGGUUCUACAUCAGCGAAUCAGGUAUUUCGUAAAUUCAAAGAGAGAUUCAGUCAAAGUCUUCCCACAGUAUAAUGAGACAGGUUCAUUCAGUCUCUUGAAUUUCCGACACUUGCUUUGAGUAGGAAUCAAUGUUAUGAACCGCGACGAUUAAUUUCGUUGCCGCUGCUGCCGUGUGUAGAAGUGUAUAAGUGAAGUGCUAUUGUGUUAUUGUGCCAUAAUUGGUGAAGGAACAAUAUAACAUCAAGAGGUAAGUUGUCAACACGGGUUGUAUCUGUUAAAGUUAAUGUGUUAAAUAUGAGGAUGUAGGGGUUGUGGGCAGGAGCCGAGUCAACACAUACCACAACCAACUGCUAACACCAUAUAACAUUACCCUUCACUAACAACUCUUACCAAUCUGUCCACGAUAAAACACAAAUAACAUUUCGCAAGAACCUUUAUGUCGGAAUACAUAGACAUAUUGUUAUAGUUAAAUGGGAAAUAAACAUUUGCUACCAAAUUGUUUAUAAAAUGGCGUCUCGGUCCACCAGCUGGCAAUGAAAGCAUAACAAAUGAUAGUAGCUGUUUCUUUACAUCGAAACAAUUAUUCUAAAUACGAUUCAAGCAUUAUCUUAUUUAGGAAUUAUGUAUCAAACGAGAAUCUGAUUCAUUUCAACUUUUGUGAAACUGUAAUGUACUCAUUACCAUCUCAUGUUUACACUGUCAGCUGGCAGAGUGAGAGAAGGGUUAGGUAAUACUGAAGCAGACGGCUAACACCACAAGUCGGUGUUCGAAUUUGUUCAGUUUAUACCAAAUAAUGUCCAAUGAAAGAAAGGUGGAAAAGAAGUGAGUAACUAUUCAAAUUAGAGUAAACAAGACCAAUGAAGUUAUUUGGGCCGACUUUCUGUAUUCAUCAUUAAUAUUUACAAUGGAAUCUGGUACAGAACCUAACCUAACCUAAGAAACCCAUGUUACGAAUAUUAAAACCUCUAGUUAACAAUA